CAUCCUUCCACAUCAUGGCACCAAAUAAUACGGUCAAGGGCGGCAAGAGCAAGGGCAAGGAGCGCGCAGAACCAAAGACGGAGGCAGCCAUGCCGUUUGGCAAGCAGUUUGCGCACACGGACAAGGCGAUUCGCGACCAGGCCGUGCGCAACCUCACGGCAUUUCUCUCGGCCGGCGGCGAUGGCGUGGAGGGUGAGGGCGGGUACACGCGCCUCGAGGAGAAGGAGAUGGCGAAGCUGUGGAAGGGCUUGUUUUACUGCUUCUGGAUGUCCGACAAGCCGCUAGUACAACAAGCGCUUGCGACGGAGCUCUCUGAGCUCCUGCUGCGCAUCAACCCACGCACAACCGGCGACCGGGCUGCGGCGCGUCUCGACGCCUCCCUCGCCUUCCUCGAGGGCUUCUGGACGGCCCUCGUCCGCGAGUGGCACGGCAUCGACCGCCUGCGUAUCGACAAGUACUACAUGCUGAUCCGGCGAUACGUGAACGCGUCGUUCCGGCUCGCGGCGCGCGCAGAGUGGAGUCCCGCCGCGGUGGGCGGGAUCAAUGCGAUCCUCACCGGCCCACACGGUCCCAUGAGCUGGCAGGACGCGAGCGUGCCCAUGUCCCUCGCGACGCACUUGGGCGACGUGUACCUCGCCGAGCUGGACAAGGUGAUGGCGAGCGAGGAGGGCGCCGGCGCGCCGCUCAUCGAGCUGCUGCGGCCGCAUAUCGAGCUCGUGGCGCGCACGCGCAACCCCACCCUCCUCCGACGGCUGCAGGAGAGCGUGUUCGCGCCGCUGUUGGACGCGCUGAAGAGCGACGGGGAUGCGAUGCGGAAUAUCGCGACGAAAAGCACUGUCGACGGCCGCCCUGUCGAUGCGGCGGCGCUGCGCGCCGCCCUCCUCCGCGCACUCUUCGCGGAGGCCGCGCAGGAGUCCACGCGCGACAGUAAUCGUCGCAGGCUGUAUGCGCUGGUGCGCGCAGAGGAGGACGAGGAGGACGACGAGUAGUAGCGCGGACAUGCAUAUACAUAGCUAGAUCAAGAUCAUGGCUUGCGGCCCUCCUUCGUGAUCCGCGUCACGUACGUCUGCGAGAUCUUGUCAAACGCCGC